GCUGGCAGCAAGUUCUUAUUGCAUUGAAAAAACACAAAGAACAGACUCAAAUUAACCUCGACUGGGAGAAAUUUUAUUAUCGAAUAAACCAUGUUCAGGCGAUGUAUAAUCAAGUUAAGCGAACCGAUGAACAUUUGCAAAAAGAAGAGAUUAACAAGCUAAUUAAGUCCUUAAUAUCUGGUUACGAUCCUCAAAAUAGUUCUUUUAAUGAAUUUUCAUAUUGGAAAAAGUUUUAUAAUUAUAUCG